CCCAGCUUGUCAUGCUGGAGGACGAGCGCCAUCGGGACAGCUCCAGAAUUCCGCUCCAGACCGUCGGAUGGCUGAAAUGAUACAAUCCAGGCUGAGGAAGAACCAGAUAUGGUGUCACACAUGCAAGCUGUCAUAGAGUGGUCAGGAGGCAGAGACAGUUUCUGCCAGCAUGUAGGAGCACUGCCCAGGAGGCACAGGAGGGUUUUUCACACAAAUUGAGAUCAGAUAAUGCCAUUCAAGGGUCACAGUUACCUCAGGGUAUAAAUCAAAUAGAAAUGGACACUGUUGAAGAUCUGAGAAGAAAACUCCAAAGUCUGGAGAAAAUAAAUUUGGAAUUAAACCAUCAACGUGUUCAAGAGAUAUUUCGCCAUGAAAAAGAAAUAAUAAAAUUAAGGCUGGAAAUUCAGAGAGGAGAAGAUCUUCGUAGACAUCUGGAGAGUGCAAUGUCGUUUGCUAGACAAGAGGCUCAAAUACAGAUGUAUUCUACAGAGAAUGAGCUGUGUGAUGUAAAAAGCAAGGUUUUGGAACUUCAAGUACUCAGUGACAAACAUCAGCAGAAAGCAGCUGAGACUGAGAAAAUGGUUCAAAGUGCUCAGCGGCAGUGGGAAGAGGAGCAACAAAGAUUUGCUGUGGAGAGGGAUACCAUCCACAAAGUACACCUAUCUGAACUGGAAUUCCUUUUGAAAGAAAAGGCUGGAGAAGAAAUGGCUUGUCAGAAAACUAAUGUUGCCCUGCAAAGGACAGAGAGGAUGCUUAAGAAUGUGGAGGCAGAGCAGCAUGGCUGCAGCAAGAUGCUGAAGGUCCAGGCCAGCCGUCUGGAUUUCAAGGCCAAACAGCAGGAGAGGCUCAUCCAAGACCUGAAGGCAGCUGCAGUGAAAAUAAAGGAAUUGGAGGACAAUGCUGCAGCAGCAAGACUAGCACAUAUAGACUGUAAAUACACUACAGAAAUCAUGCAGUUGAGAAUUCAGGAACUUGAAACCAUUUUGAGGGAAAACCAACUUGGGACGAGAGGUUUUUCAGGGGGAGCAUGGAAUAAUUCCAGAGAGUCAGAAAAUGCACAGGAGAGAGGAAAAAAAGGUUCACGAAGACAGCAUUCAUCCUCAAGUGUGCAAUGGAAAGACCAGGUUGAAGAAAGGAACAAAGCUGAAGAAUCCUCUGAGAUAUUUGUGAAUCCUCCAGCCAGCUUCAGCCUGCAGGAAGGCUCAAUAAGACUCAACGAAGACAAUAUACGCAAGGAGUUAGAGAAUGCUUUGCAGCGUGAGCACGAGGCAAGAUUGCUUCUAGAAGAGCACCAGCAACGGCUUCAGGAGCUGAGUAGCAGACUGGAAUCACUCUCAUUUACUGACAUAGAUAAAAGCCAAGUCUCCAAUUUAUCUCUGAUGAGCCUCCCUAAUGCAAUGGAGGAGCUGAGGAAAAGAGAGCAAGUCCUGGAUCACCAGAAGAGACUCCUGAAAGACAUGGAGCAAGACCAGCAGCAGCUGUGGAAGGCUCUCCAGGAGGCAGAAUUUGCCCUUGAUCAGGGAGUAAAAGACAAAGAGUUGAUCAUUAAUCACAUGAAAGCUGUGGAGGCUGCCCUGAAUGAGGCCAGAGAGCAGGCCAUGGCAUCACGUGCUGCAGCAGCCGCGCCACUCCCCAGCCUGCGGCUGGAGACCCUUCCAGAGGAAGCAACAGCAGGCAGACCAGAGGCUGCAUCAUUCCAGCACGUGCUUAGAAAUUUUGUGGAUCUCUACUCACUGGCAUCUUCCAAAGUUGACGCAUUAUCAGGAAGGGACUCUCCGCAGUUUCAAUUUCAACCCAUAACAGCUGUUCAGGCUCUUACUCCUAGUGAAGAUCAAUCCUCACAAGUUCACUUUGCACCUGAAGCAGCUGGUUCACCUCCUGCUAUUCCUGCUCUCCCUCCUGCUGAAAGAUGGGGAGAGCGAAGAAAGACAAUGGACAUUUCGUUUGGGAGUAACGCAGGUGCCAGCAUGACAUCUGGCAUAAGCUAUCUUUCACCUGGCAGUGACUCAGUCUUCAGGAGGUCACCCAGCAUAAGCUGUACUGUGUCUGGCAGUGAUGCAGGUGCCAGUAUGCCAUCUGGCAUAAGCUAUCUUUCCUCUGGAAGUGACUCAGUCUUCAGGAUGUCACCCAGCAGAACCGACAGUUUGUCUGGAAUCAACUCAAUCUCCACUAUUGCUCCCAGCAGGAGCCAUACUGCUUCUGGAAGUGACUCAGUCUUCAGGAUGUCACCCAACACAUCCUAUUCUUUUCCUGGAAGUGACUCAGUCUUCCUUAUGCCACCCAACAGAACCUAUACUGUGUCUGGAAGCGAUUCAGUCUUCAGUAUGCCUUCCAGCAUAAGCUAUCCUUCCUCUGGAAGUGUCUCAGGCUACUCCAGUAUGUCACCCAACAGAACCUAUACUGUGUCUGGAAGCGACUCAGGCUCCAGUAUGCCAUCCAGCAUAAGCUAUCCUUCCUCUGGAAGUGACUCAGGCUACUUCAGCAUGUCACCCAACAGAACCUAUACUGUGUCUGGAAGCGACUCAGGCUCCAGUAUGCCAUCCAGCAUAAGCUAUCCUUCCUCUGGAAGUGACUCAGGCUACUUCAGCAUGUCACCCAACAGAACCUACACGGUGUCUGGAAGCGACCUAUCCGCCGAUUCCUUCCGGCGUCCCCAAGGACCCAUUUCGCCUCGUGGUCCUAUUCCUGCUGGUGAUGCCCUUCGUGCACCUCCAGCUCGUGCUCCUCUUCCUUCUCCUCUUCCUCCUGCUGGGCCUUCUGCCUUUCUCUUUCAACCCCAAGGAGCCAGUACGCCUCGUGGUCCUCCUCCUGAUGGACACUGGGGAGGGCCAAGGUACAGAACCUAUACUGUGUCUGACUCAGGCUCCAGUAUGCCAUCCAGCAUAAGCUAUUCUUCAUCUGGAAGUGACUCAGGCUACUUCAGCAUGUCACCCAACAUAACCUAUACUGUGUCUGGAAGUGACCCAGGCUCCAGUAUGCCAUCCAGCAUAAGCUAUCCUUCCUCUGGAAGUGACUCAGGCUACUUCAGUAGGUCACCCAACAGAACAUACACUGUGUCUGGAAGCGACUCAGGCUCCAGUAUGCCAUCCAGCAUAAGCUAUCCUUCCUCUGGAAGUGACUCAGGCUACUUCAGUAGGUCACCCAACAGAACCUACACUGUGUCUGGAAGUGACGCAGGUGCCAGUAUGCCAUCUGGCAUAAGCUAUCUUUCCUCUGGAAGUGACUCAGUCUUCAGGAUGUCACCCAGCAGAACUGACAGUUUCUCUGGAAUCAACUCAAUCUCCACUAUUGCUCCCAGCAGGAGCCAUACUGCUUCUGGAAGUGACUCAGUCUUCAGGAUGUCACCCAACACAUCCUAUUCUUUUCCUGGAAGUGACUCAGUCUUCCUUAUGCCACCCAACAGAACCUAUACUGUGUCUGGAAGCGAUUCAGUCUUCAGUAUGCCUUCCAGCAUAAGCUAUCCUUCCUCUGGAAGUGUCUCAGGCUACUUCAGUAUGUCACCCAACAGAACAUACACUGUGUCUGGAAGCGACUCAGGCUCCAGUAUGCCAUCCAGCAUAAGCUAUUCUUCCUCUGGAAGUGACUCAGGCUACUUCAGUAGGUCACCCAACAGAACCUAUACUGUGUCUGGAAGCGACUCAGGCUCCAGUAUGCCAUCCAGCAUAAGCUAUCCUUCCUCUGGAAGUGACUCAGGCUACUUCAGCAUGUCACCCAACAGAACCUACACGGUGUCUGGAAGCGACCUAUCUGCCGAUUCCUUCCGGCGUCCCCAAGGACCCAUUUCGCCUCGUGGUCCUAUUCCUGCUGGUGAUGCCCUUCGUGCACCUCCAGCUCGUGCUCCUCUUCCUUCUCCUCUUCCUCCUGCUGGGCCUUCUGCCUUUCUCUUUCAACCCCAAGGAGCCAGUACGCCUCGUGGUCCUCCUCCUGAUGGACACUGGGGAGGGCCAAGGUACAGAACCUAUACUGUGUCUGACUCAGGCUCCAGUAUGCCAUCCAGCAUAAGCUAUUCUUCAUCUGGAAGUGACUCAGGCUACUUCAGCAUGUCACCCAACAUAACCUAUACUGUGUCUGGAAGUGACCCAGGCUCCAGUAUGCCAUCCAGCAUAAGCUAUCCUUCCUCUGGAAGUGACUCAGGCUACUUCAGUAGGUCACCCAACAGAACAUACACUGUGUCUGGAAGCGACUCAGGCUCCAGUAUGCCAUCCAGCAUAAGCUAUCCUUCCUCUGGAAGUGACUCAGGCUACUUCAGUAGGUCACCCAACAGAACCUACACUGUGUCUGGAAGUGACGCAGGUGCCAGUAUGCCAUCUGGCAUAAGCUAUCUUUCCUCUGGAAGUGACUCAGUCUUCAGGAUGUCACCCAGCAGAACUGACAGUUUCUCUGGAAUCAACUCAAUCUCCACUAUUGCUCCCAGCAGGAGCCAUACUGCUUCUGGAAGUGACUCAGUCUUCAGGAUGUCACCCAACACAUCCUAUUCUUUUCCUGGAAGUGACUCAGUCUUCCUUAUGCCACCCAACAGAACCUAUACUGUGUCUGGAAGCGAUUCAGUCUUCAGUAUGCCUUCCAGCAUAAGCUAUCCUUCCUCUGGAAGUGUCUCAGGCUACUUCAGUAUGUCACCCAACAGAACAUACACUGUGUCUGGAAGCGACUCAGGCUCCAGUAUGCCAUCCAGCAUAAGCUAUUCUUCCUCUGGAAGUGACUCAGGCUACUUCAGUAGGUCACCCAACAGAACCUAUACUGUGUCUGGAAGCGACUCAGGCUCCAGUAUGCCAUCCAGCAUAAGCUAUCCUUCCUCUGGAAGUGACUCAGGCUACUUCAGCAUGUCACCCAACAGAACCUACACGGUGUCUGGAAGCGACCUAUCUGCCGAUUCCUUCCGGCGUCCCCAAGGACCCAUUUCGCCUCGUGGUCCUAUUCCUGCUGGUGAUGCCCUUCGUGCACCUCCAGCUCGUGCUCCUCUUCCUUCUCCUCUUCCUCCUGCUGGGCCUUCUGCCUUUCUCUUUCAACCCCAAGGAGCCAGUACGCCUCGUGGUCCUCCUCCUGAUGGACACUGGGGAGGGCCAAGGUACAGAACCUAUACUGUGUCUGACUCAGGCUCCAGUAUGCCAUCCAGCAUAAGCUAUUCUUCAUCUGGAAGUGACUCAGGCUACUUCAGCAUGUCACCCAACAUAACCUAUACUGUGUCUGGAAGUGACCCAGGCUCCAGUAUGCCAUCCAGCAUAAGCUAUCCUUCCUCUGGAAGUGACUCAGGCUACUUCAGUAGGUCACCCAACAGAACAUACACUGUGUCUGGAAGCGACUCAGGCUCCAGUAUGCCAUCCAGCAUAAGCUAUCCUUCCUCUGGAAGUGACUCAGGCUACUUCAGUAGGUCACCCAACAGAACCUACACUGUGUCUGGAAGUGACGCAGGUGCCAGUAUGCCAUCUGGCAUAAGCUAUCUUUCCUCUGGAAGUGACUCAGUCUUCAGGAUGUCACCCAGCAGAACUGACAGUUUCUCUGGAAUCAACUCAAUCUCCACUAUUGCUCCCAGCAGGAGCCAUACUGCUUCUGGAAGUGACUCAGUCUUCAGGAUGUCACCCAACACAUCCUAUUCUUUUCCUGGAAGUGACUCAGUCUUCCUUAUGCCACCCAACAGAACCUAUACUGUGUCUGGAAGCGAUUCAGUCUUCAGUAUGCCUUCCAGCAUAAGCUAUCCUUCCUCUGGAAGUGUCUCAGGCUACUUCAGUAUGUCACCCAACAGAACAUACACUGUGUCUGGAAGCGACUCAGGCUCCAGUAUGCCAUCCAGCAUAAGCUAUUCUUCCUCUGGAAGUGACUCAGGCUACUUCAGUAGGUCACCCAACAGAACCUAUACUGUGUCUGGAAGCGACUCAGGCUCCAGUAUGCCAUCCAGCAUAAGCUAUCCUUCCUCUGGAAGUGACUCAGGCUACUUCAGCAUGUCACCCAACAGAACCUACACGGUGUCUGGAAGCGACCUAUCUGCCGAUUCCUUCCGGCGUCCCCAAGGACCCAUUUCGCCUCGUGGUCCUAUUCCUGCUGGUGAUGCCCUUCGUGCACCUCCAGCUCGUGCUCCUCUUCCUUCUCCUCUUCCUCCUGCUGGGCCUUCUGCCUUUCUCUUUCAACCCCAAGGAGCCAGUACGCCUCGUGGUCCUCCUCCUGAUGGACACUGGGGAGGGCCAAGGUACAGAACCUAUACUGUGUCUGACUCAGGCUCCAGUAUGCCAUCCAGCAUAAGCUAUUCUUCAUCUGGAAGUGACUCAGGCUACUUCAGCAUGUCACCCAACAUAACCUAUACUGUGUCUGGAAGUGACCCAGGCUCCAGUAUGCCAUCCAGCAUAAGCUAUCCUUCCUCUGGAAGUGACUCAGGCUACUUCAGUAGGUCACCCAACAGAACAUACACUGUGUCUGGAAGCGACUCAGGCUCCAGUAUGCCAUCCAGCAUAAGCUAUCCUUCCUCUGGAAGUGACUCAGGCUACUUCAGUAGGUCACCCAACAGAACCUACACUGUGUCUGGAAGUGACGCAGGUGCCAGUAUGCCAUCUGGCAUAAGCUAUCUUUCCUCUGGAAGUGACUCAGUCUUCAGGAUGUCACCCAGCAGAACUGACAGUUUCUCUGGAAUCAACUCAAUCUCCACUAUUGCUCCCAGCAGGAGCCAUACUGCUUCUGGAAGUGACUCAGUCUUCAGGAUGUCACCCAACACAUCCUAUUCUUUUCCUGGAAGUGACUCAGUCUUCCUUAUGCCACCCAACAGAACCUAUACUGUGUCUGGAAGCGAUUCAGUCUUCAGUAUGCCUUCCAGCAUAAGCUAUCCUUCCUCUGGAAGUGUCUCAGGCUACUUCAGUAUGUCACCCAACAGAACAUACACUGUGUCUGGAAGCGACUCAGGCUCCAGUAUGCCAUCCAGCAUAAGCUAUUCUUCCUCUGGAAGUGACUCAGGCUACUUCAGUAGGUCACCCAACAGAACCUAUACUGUGUCUGGAAGCGACUCAGGCUCCAGUAUGCCAUCCAGCAUAAGCUAUCCUUCCUCUGGAAGUGACUCAGGCUACUUCAGCAUGUCACCCAACAGAACCUACACGGUGUCUGGAAGCGACCUAUCUGCCGAUUCCUUCCGGCGUCCCCAAGGACCCAUUUCGCCUCGUGGUCCUAUUCCUGCUGGUGAUGCCCUUCGUGCACCUCCAGCUCGUGCUCCUCUUCCUUCUCCUCUUCCUCCUGCUGGGCCUUCUGCCUUUCUCUUUCAACCCCAAGGAGCCAGUACGCCUCGUGGUCCUCCUCCUGAUGGACACUGGGGAGGGCCAAGGUACAGAACCUAUACUGUGUCUGACUCAGGCUCCAGUAUGCCAUCCAGCAUAAGCUAUUCUUCAUCUGGAAGUGACUCAGGCUACUUCAGCAUGUCACCCAACAUAACCUAUACUGUGUCUGGAAGUGACCCAGGCUCCAGUAUGCCAUCCAGCAUAAGCUAUCCUUCCUCUGGAAGUGACUCAGGCUACUUCAGUAGGUCACCCAACAGAACAUACACUGUGUCUGGAAGCGACUCAGGCUCCAGUAUGCCAUCCAGCAUAAGCUAUCCUUCCUCUGGAAGUGACUCAGGCUACUUCAGUAGGUCACCCAACAGAACCUACACUGUGUCUGGAAGUGACGCAGGUGCCAGUAUGCCAUCUGGCAUAAGCUAUCUUUCCUCUGGAAGUGACUCAGUCUUCAGGAUGUCACCCAGCAGAACUGACAGUUUCUCUGGAAUCAACUCAAUCUCCACUAUUGCUCCCAGCAGGAGCCAUACUGCUUCUGGAAGUGACUCAGUCUUCAGGAUGUCACCCAACACAUCCUAUUCUUUUCCUGGAAGUGACUCAGUCUUCCUUAUGCCACCCAACAGAACCUAUACUGUGUCUGGAAGCGAUUCAGUCUUCAGUAUGCCUUCCAGCAUAAGCUAUCCUUCCUCUGGAAGUGUCUCAGGCUACUUCAGUAUGUCACCCAACAGAACAUACACUGUGUCUGGAAGCGACUCAGGCUCCAGUAUGCCAUCCAGCAUAAGCUAUUCUUCCUCUGGAAGUGACUCAGGCUACUUCAGUAGGUCACCCAACAGAACCUAUACUGUGUCUGGAAGCGACUCAGGCUCCAGUAUGCCAUCCAGCAUAAGCUAUCCUUCCUCUGGAAGUGACUCAGGCUACUUCAGCAUGUCACCCAACAGAACCUACACGGUGUCUGGAAGCGACCUAUCCGCCGAUUCCUUCCGGCGUCCCCAAGGACCCAUUUCGCCUCGUGGUCCUAUUCCUGCUGGUGAUGCCCUUCGUGCACCUCCAGCUCGUGCUCCUCUUCCUUCUCCUCUUCCUCCUGCUGGGCCUUCUGCCUUUCUCUUUCAACCCCAAGGAGCCAGUACGCCUCGUGGUCCUCCUCCUGAUGGACACUGGGGAGGGCCAAGGUACAGAACCUAUACUGUGUCUGACUCAGGCUCCAGUAUGCCAUCCAGCAUAAGCUAUUCUUCAUCUGGAAGUGACUCAGGCUACUUCAGUAUGUCACCCAACAUAACCUAUACUGUGUCUGGAAGUGACCCAGGCUCCAGUAUGCCAUCCAGCAUAAGCUAUCCUUCCUCUGGAAGUGACUCAGGCUACUUCAGUAGGUCACCCAACAGAACAUACACUGUGUCUGGAAGCGACUCAGGCUCCAGUAUGCCAUCCAGCAUAAGCUAUCCUUCCUCUGGAAGUGACUCAGGCUACUUCAGUAGGUCACCCAACAGAACCUACACUGUGUCUGGAAGUGACGCAGGUGCCAGUAUGCCAUCUGGCAUAAGCUAUCUUUCCUCUGGAAGUGACUCAGUCUUCAGGAUGUCACCCAGCAGAACUGACAGUUUCUCUGGAAUCAACUCAAUCUCCACUAUUGCUCCCAGCAGGAGCCAUACUGCUUCUGGAAGUGACUCAGUCUUCAGGAUGUCACCCAACACAUCCUAUUCUUUUCCUGGAAGUGACUCAGUCUUCCUUAUGCCACCCAACAGAACCUAUACUGUGUCUGGAAGCGAUUCAGUCUUCAGUAUGCCUUCCAGCAUAAGCUAUCCUUCCUCUGGAAGUGUCUCAGGCUACUUCAGUAUGUCACCCAACAGAACAUACACUGUGUCUGGAAGCGACUCAGGCUCCAGUAUGCCAUCCAGCAUAAGCUAUUCUUCCUCUGGAAGUGACUCAGGCUACUUCAGUAGGUCACCCAACAGAACCUAUACCGUGUCUGGAAGCGACUCAGGCUCCAGUAUGCCAUCCAGCAUAAGCUAUCCUUCCUCUGGAAGUGACUCAGGCUACUUCAGCAUGUCACCCAACAGAACCUACACGGUGUCUGGAAGCGACCUAUCCGCCGAUUCCUUCCGGCGUCCCCAAGGACCCAUUUCGCCUCGUGGUCCUAUUCCUGCUGGUGAUGCCCUUCGUGCACCUCCAGCUCGUGCUCCUCUUCCUUCUCCUCUUCCUCCUGCUGGGCCUUCUGCCUUUCUCUUUCAACCCCAAGGAGCCAGUACGCCUCGUGGUCCUCCUCCUGAUGGACACUGGGGAGGGCCAAGGUACAGAACCUAUACUGUGUCUGACUCAGGCUCCAGUAUGCCAUCCAGCAUAAGCUAUUCUUCAUCUGGAAGUGACUCAGGCUACUUCAGCAUGUCACCCAACAUAACCUAUACUGUGUCUGGAAGUGACCCAGGCUCCAGUAUGCCAUCCAGCAUAAGCUAUCCUUCCUCUGGAAGUGACUCAGGCUACUUCAGUAGGUCACCCAACAGAACAUACACUGUGUCUGGAAGCGACUCAGGCUCCAGUAUGCCAUCCAGCAUAAGCUAUCCUUCCUCUGGAAGUGACUCAGGCUACUUCAGUAGGUCACCCAACAGAACCUACACUGUGUCUGGAAGUGACGCAGGUGCCAGUAUGCCAUCUGGCAUAAGCUAUCUUUCCUCUGGAAGUGACUCAGUCUUCAGGAUGUCACCCAGCAGAACUGACAGUUUCUCUGGAAUCAACUCAAUCUCCACUAUUGCUCCCAGCAGGAGCCAUACUGCUUCUGGAAGUGACUCAGUCUUCAGGAUGUCACCCAACACAUCCUAUUCUUUUCCUGGAAGUGACUCAGUCUUCCUUAUGCCACCCAACAGAACCUAUACUGUGUCUGGAAGCGAUUCAGUCUUCAGUAUGCCUUCCAGCAUAAGCUAUCCUUCCUCUGGAAGUGUCUCAGGCUACUUCAGUAUGUCACCCAACAGAACAUACACUGUGUCUGGAAGCGACUCAGGCUCCAGUAUGCCAUCCAGCAUAAGCUAUUCUUCAUCUGGAAGUGACUCAGGCUACUUCAGCAUGUCACCCAACAGAACCUAUACUGUGUCUGGAAGCGACUCAGGCUCCAGUAUGCCAUCCAGCAUAAGCUAUCCUUCCUCUGGAAGUGACUCAGGCUACUUCAGCAUGUCACCCAACAGAACCUACACGGUGUCUGGAAGCGACCUAUCCGCCGAUUCCUUCCGGCGUCCCCAAGGACCCAUUUCGCCUCGUGGUCCUAUUCCUGCUGGUGAUGCCCUUCGUGCACCUCCAGCUCGUGCUCCUCUUCCUUCUCCUCUUCCUCCUGCUGGGCCUUCUGCCUUUCUCUUUCAACCCCAAGGAGCCAGUACGCCUCGUGGUCCUCCUCCUGAUGGACACUGGGGAGGGCCAAGGUACAGAACCUAUACUGUGUCUGACUCAGGCUCCAGUAUGCCAUCCAGCAUAAGCUAUUCUUCAUCUGGAAGUGACUCAGGCUACUUCAGCAUGUCACCCAACAUAACCUAUACUGUGUCUGGAAGUGACCCAGGCUCCAGUAUGCCAUCCAGCAUAAGCUAUCCUUCCUCUGGAAGUGACUCAGGCUACUUCAGUAGGUCACCCAACAGAACAUACACUGUGUCUGGAAGCGACUCAGGCUCCAGUAUGCCAUCCAGCAUAAGCUAUCCUUCCUCUGGAAGUGACUCAGGCUACUUCAGUAGGUCACCCAACAGAACCUACACUGUGUCUGGAAGUGACGCAGGUGCCAGUAUGCCAUCUGGCAUAAGCUAUCUUUCCUCUGGAAGUGACUCAGUCUUCAGGAUGUCACCCAGCAGAACUGACAGUUUCUCUGGAAUCAACUCAAUCUCCACUAUUGCUCCCAGCAGGAGCCAUACUGCUUCUGGAAGUGACUCAGUCUUCAGGAUGUCACCCAACACAUCCUAUUCUUUUCCUGGAAGUGACUCAGUCUUCCUUAUGCCACCCAACAGAACCUAUACUGUGUCUGGAAGCGAUUCAGUCUUCAGUAUGCCUUCCAGCAUAAGCUAUCCUUCCUCUGGAAGUGUCUCAGGCUACUUCAGUAUGUCACCCAACAGAACAUACACUGUGUCUGGAAGCGACUCAGGCUCCAGUAUGCCAUCCAGCAUAAGCUAUUCUUCCUCUGGAAGUGACUCAGGCUACUUCAGUAGGUCACCCAACAGAACCUAUACUGUGUCUGGAAGCGACUCAGGCUCCAGUAUGCCAUCCAGCAUAAGCUAUCCUUCCUCUGGAAGUGACUCAGGCUACUUCAGCAUGUCACCCAACAGAACCUACACGGUGUCUGGAAGCGACCUAUCUGCCGAUUCCUUCCGGCGUCCCCAAGGACCCAUUUCGCCUCGUGGUCCUAUUCCUGCUGGUGAUGCCCUUCGUGCACCUCCAGCUCGUGCUCCUCUUCCUUCUCCUCUUCCUCCUGCUGGGCCUUCUGCCUUUCUCUUUCAACCCCAAGGAGCCAGUACGCCUCGUGGUCCUCCUCCUGAUGGACACUGGGGAGGGCCAAGGUACAGAACCUAUACUGUGUCUGACUCAGGCUCCAGUAUGCCAUCCAGCAUAAGCUAUUCUUCAUCUGGAAGUGACUCAGGCUACUUCAGCAUGUCACCCAACAUAACCUAUACUGUGUCUGGAAGUGACCCAGGCUCCAGUAUGCCAUCCAGCAUAAGCUAUCCUUCCUCUGGAAGUGACUCAGGCUACUUCAGUAGGUCACCCAACAGAACAUACACUGUGUCUGGAAGCGACUCAGGCUCCAGUAUGCCAUCCAGCAUAAGCUAUCCUUCCUCUGGAAGUGACUCAGGCUACUUCAGUAGGUCACCCAACAGAACCUACACUGUGUCUGGAAGUGACGCAGGUGCCAGUAUGCCAUCUGGCAUAAGCUAUCUUUCCUCUGGAAGUGACUCAGUCUUCAGGAUGUCACCCAGCAGAACUGACAGUUUCUCUGGAAUCAACUCAAUCUCCACUAUUGCUCCCAGCAGGAGCCAUACUGCUUCUGGAAGUGACUCAGUCUUCAGGAUGUCACCCAACACAUCCUAUUCUUUUCCUGGAAGUGACUCAGUCUUCCUUAUGCCACCCAACAGAACCUAUACUGUGUCUGGAAGCGAUUCAGUCUUCAGUAUGCCUUCCAGCAUAAGCUAUCCUUCCUCUGGAAGUGUCUCAGGCUACUUCAGUAUGUCACCCAACAGAACAUACACUGUGUCUGGAAGCGACUCAGGCUCCAGUAUGCCAUCCAGCAUAAGCUAUUCUUCCUCUGGAAGUGACUCAGGCUACUUCAGUAGGUCACCCAACAGAACCUAUACUGUGUCUGGAAGCGACUCAGGCUCCAGUAUGCCAUCCAGCAUAAGCUAUCCUUCCUCUGGAAGUGACUCAGGCUACUUCAGCAUGUCACCCAACAGAACCUACACGGUGUCUGGAAGCGACCUAUCCGCCGAUUCCUUCCGGCGUCCCCAAGGACCCAUUUCGCCUCGUGGUCCUAUUCCUGCUGGUGAUGCCCUUCGUGCACCUCCAGCUCGUGCUCCUCUUCCUUCUCCUCUUCCUCCUGCUGGGCCUUCUGCCUUUCUCUUUCAACCCCAAGGAGCCAGUACGCCUCGUGGUCCUCCUCCUGAUGGACACUGGGGAGGGCCAAGGUACAGAACCUAUACUGUGUCUGACUCAGGCUCCAGUAUGCCAUCCAGCAUAAGCUAUUCUUCAUCUGGAAGUGACUCAGGCUACUUCAGUAUGUCACCCAACAUAACCUAUACUGUGUCUGGAAGUGACCCAGGCUCCAGUAUGCCAUCCAGCAUAAGCUAUCCUUCCUCUGGAAGUGACUCAGGCUACUUCAGUAGGUCACCCAACAGAACAUACACUGUGUCUGGAAGCGACUCAGGCUCCAGUAUGCCAUCCAGCAUAAGCUAUCCUUCCUCUGGAAGUGACUCAGGCUACUUCAGUAGGUCACCCAACAGAACCUACACUGUGUCUGGAAGUGACGCAGGUGCCAGUAUGCCAUCUGGCAUAAGCUAUCUUUCCUCUGGAAGUGACUCAGUCUUCAGGAUGUCACCCAGCAGAACUGACAGUUUCUCUGGAAUCAACUCAAUCUCCACUAUUGCUCCCAGCAGGAGCCAUACUGCUUCUGGAAGUGACUCAGUCUUCAGGAUGUCACCCAACACAUCCUAUUCUUUUCCUGGAAGUGACUCAGUCUUCCUUAUGCCACCCAACAGAACCUAUACUGUGUCUGGAAGCGAUUCAGUCUUCAGUAUGCCUUCCAGCAUAAGCUAUCCUUCCUCUGGAAGUGUCUCAGGCUACUUCAGUAUGUCACCCAACAGAACAUACACUGUGUCUGGAAGCGACUCAGGCUCCAGUAUGCCAUCCAGCAUAAGCUAUUCUUCCUCUGGAAGUGACUCAGGCUACUUCAGUAGGUCACCCAACAGAACCUAUACCGUGUCUGGAAGCGACUCAGGCUCCAGUAUGCCAUCCAGCAUAAGCUAUCCUUCCUCUGGAAGUGACUCAGGCUACUUCAGCAUGUCACCCAACAGAACCUACACGGUGUCUGGAAGCGACCUAUCCGCCGAUUCCUUCCGGCGUCCCCAAGGACCCAUUUCGCCUCGUGGUCCUAUUCCUGCUGGUGAUGCCCUUCGUGCACCUCCAGCUCGUGCUCCUCUUCCUUCUCCUCUUCCUCCUGCUGGGCCUUCUGCCUUUCUCUUUCAACCCCAAGGAGCCAGUACGCCUCGUGGUCCUCCUCCUGAUGGACACUGGGGAGGGCCAAGGUACAGAACCUAUACUGUGUCUGACUCAGGCUCCAGUAUGCCAUCCAGCAUAAGCUAUUCUUCAUCUGGAAGUGACUCAGGCUACUUCAGCAUGUCACCCAACAUAACCUAUACUGUGUCUGGAAGUGACCCAGGCUCCAGUAUGCCAUCCAGCAUAAGCUAUCCUUCCUCUGGAAGUGACUCAGGCUACUUCAGUAGGUCACCCAACAGAACAUACACUGUGUCUGGAAGCGACUCAGGCUCCAGUAUGCCAUCCAGCAUAAGCUAUCCUUCCUCUGGAAGUGACUCAGGCUACUUCAGUAGGUCACCCAACAGAACCUACACUGUGUCUGGAAGUGACGCAGGUGCCAGUAUGCCAUCUGGCAUAAGCUAUCUUUCCUCUGGAAGUGACUCAGUCUUCAGGAUGUCACCCAGCAGAACUGACAGUUUCUCUGGAAUCAACUCAAUCUCCACUAUUGCUCCCAGCAGGAGCCAUACUGCUUCUGGAAGUGACUCAGUCUUCAGGAUGUCACCCAACACAUCCUAUUCUUUUCCUGGAAGUGACUCAGUCUUCCUUAUGCCACCCAACAGAACCUAUACUGUGUCUGGAAGCGAUUCAGUCUUCAGUAUGCCUUCCAGCAUAAGCUAUCCUUCCUCUGGAAGUGUCUCAGGCUACUUCAGUAUGUCACCCAACAGAACAUACACUGUGUCUGGAAGCGACUCAGGCUCCAGUAUGCCAUCCAGCAUAAGCUAUUCUUCAUCUGGAAGUGACUCAGGCUACUUCAGCAUGUCACCCAACAGAACCUAUACUGUGUCUGGAAGCGACUCAGGCUCCAGUAUGCCAUCCAGCAUAAGCUAUCCUUCCUCUGGAAGUGACUCAGGCUACUUCAGCAUGUCACCCAACAGAACCUACACGGUGUCUGGAAGCGACCUAUCCGCCGAUUCCUUCCGGCGUCCCCAAGGACCCAUUUCGCCUCGUGGUCCUAUUCCUGCUGGUGAUGCCCUUCGUGCACCUCCAGCUCGUGCUCCUCUUCCUUCUCCUCUUCCUCCUGCUGGGCCUUCUGCCUUUCUCUUUCAACCCCAAGGAGCCAGUACGCCUCGUGGUCCUCCUCCUGAUGGACACUGGGGAGGGCCAAGGUACAGAACCUAUACUGUGUCUGACUCAGGCUCCAGUAUGCCAUCCAGCAUAAGCUAUUCUUCAUCUGGAAGUGACUCAGGCUACUUCAGUAUGUCACCCAACAUAACCUAUACUGUGUCUGGAAGUGACCCAGGCUCCAGUAUGCCAUCCAGCAUAAGCUAUCCUUCCUCUGGAAGUGACUCAGGCUACUUCAGUAGGUCACCCAACAGAACAUACACUGUGUCUGGAAGCGACUCAGGCUCCAGUAUGCCAUCCAGCAUAAGCUAUCCUUCCUCUGGAAGUGACUCAGGCUACUUCAGUAGGUCACCCAACAGAACCUACACUGUGUCUGGAAGUGACGCAGGUGCCAGUAUGCCAUCUGGCAUAAGCUAUCUUUCCUCUGGAAGUGACUCAGUCUUCAGGAUGUCACCCAGCAGAACUGACAGUUUCUCUGGAAUCAACUCAAUCUCCACUAUUGCUCCCAGCAGGAGCCAUACUGCUUCUGGAAGUGACUCAGUCUUCAGGAUGUCACCCAACACAUCCUAUUCUUUUCCUGGAAGUGACUCAGUCUUCCUUAUGCCACCCAACAGAACCUAUACUGUGUCUGGAAGCGAUUCAGUCUUCAGUAUGCCAUCCAGCAUAAGCUAUUCUUCCUCUGGAAGUGACUCAGGCUACUUCAGUAGGUCACCCAACAGAACCUAUACUGUGUCUGGAAGCGACUCAGGCUCCAGUAUGCCAUCCAGCAUAAGCUAUCCUUCCUCUGGAAGUGACUCAGGCUACUUCAGCAUGUCACCCAACAGAACCUACACGGUGUCUGGAAGCGACCUAUCCGCCGAUUCCUUCCGGCGUCCCCAAGGACCCAUUUCGCCUCGUGGUCCUAUUCCUGCUGGUGAUGCCCUUCGUGCACCUCCAGCUCGUGCUCCUCUUCCUUCUCCUCUUCCUCCUGCUGGGCCUUCUGCCUUUCUCUUUCAACCCCAAGGAGCCAGUACGCCUCGUGGUCCUCCUCCUGAUGGACACUGGGGAGGGCCAAGGUACAGAACCUAUACUGUGUCUGACUCAGGCUCCAGUAUGCCAUCCAGCAUAAGCUAUUCUUCAUCUGGAAGUGACUCAGGCUACUUCAGUAUGUCACCCAACAUAACCUAUACUGUGUCUGGAAGUGACCCAGGCUCCAGUAUGCCAUCCAGCAUAAGCUAUCCUUCCUCUGGAAGUGACUCAGGCUACUUCAGUAGGUCACCCAACAGAACAUACACUGUGUCUGGAAGCGACUCAGGCUCCAGUAUGCCAUCCAGCAUAAGCUAUCCUUCCUCUGGAAGUGACUCAGGCUACUUCAGUAGGUCACCCAACAGAACCUACACUGUGUCUGGAAGUGACGCAGGUGCCAGUAUGCCAUCUGGCAUAAGCUAUCUUUCCUCUGGAAGUGACUCAGUCUUCAGGAUGUCACCCAGCAGAACUGACAGUUUCUCUGGAAUCAACUCAAUCUCCACUAUUGCUCCCAGCAGGAGCCAUACUGCUUCUGGAAGUGACUCAGUCUUCAGGAUGUCACCCAACACAUCCUAUUCUUUUCCUGGAAGUGACUCAGUCUUCCUUAUGCCACCCAACAGAACCUAUACUGUGUCUGGAAGCGAUUCAGUCUUCAGUAUGCCUUCCAGCAUAAGCUAUCCUUCCUCUGGAAGUGUCUCAGGCUACUUCAGUAUGUCACCCAACAGAACAUACACUGUGUCUGGAAGCGACUCAGGCUCCAGUAUGCCAUCCAGCAUAAGCUAUUCUUCCUCUGGAAGUGACUCAGGCUACUUCAGUAGGUCACCCAACAGAACCUAUACUGUGUCUGGAAGCGACUCAGGCUCCAGUAUGCCAUCCAGCAUAAGCUAUCCUUCCUCUGGAAGUGACUCAGGCUACUUCAGCAUGUCACCCAACAGAACCUACACGGUGUCUGGAAGCGACCUAUCCGCCGAUUCCUUCCGGCGUCCCCAAGGACCCAUUUCGCCUCGUGGUCCUAUUCCUGCUGGUGAUGCCCUUCGUGCACCUCCAGCUCGUGCUCCUCUUCCUUCUCCUCUUCCUCCUGCUGGGCCUUCUGCCUUUCUCUUUCAACCCCAAGGAGCCAGUACGCCUCGUGGUCCUCCUCCUGAUGGACACUGGGGAGGGCCAAGGUACAGAACCUAUACUGUGUCUGACUCAGGCUCCAGUAUGCCAUCCAGCAUAAGCUAUUCUUCAUCUGGAAGUGACUCAGGCUACUUCAGUAUGUCACCCAACAUAACCUAUACUGUGUCUGGAAGUGACCCAGGCUCCAGUAUGCCAUCCAGCAUAAGCUAUCCUUCCUCUGGAAGUGACUCAGGCUACUUCAGUAGGUCACCCAACAGAACAUACACUGUGUCUGGAAGCGACUCAGGCUCCAGUAUGCCAUCCAGCAUAAGCUAUCCUUCCUCUGGAAGUGACUCAGGCUACUUCAGUAGGUCACCCAACAGAACCUACACUGUGUCUGGAAGUGACGCAGGUGCCAGUAUGCCAUCUGGCAUAAGCUAUCUUUCCUCUGGAAGUGACUCAGUCUUCAGGAUGUCACCCAGCAGAACUGACAGUUUCUCUGGAAUCAACUCAAUCUCCACUAUUGCUCCCAGCAGGAGCCAUACUGCUUCUGGAAGUGACUCAGUCUUCAGGAUGUCACCCAACACAUCCUAUUCUUUUCCUGGAAGUGACUCAGUCUUCCUUAUGCCACCCAACAGAACCUAUACUGUGUCUGGAAGCGAUUCAGUCUUCAGUAUGCCUUCCAGCAUAAGCUAUCCUUCCUCUGGAAGUGUCUCAGGCUACUUCAGUAUGUCACCCAACAGAACAUACACUGUGUCUGGAAGCGACUCAGGCUCCAGUAUGCCAUCCAGCAUAAGCUAUUCUUCCUCUGGAAGUGACUCAGGCUACUUCAGUAGGUCACCCAACAGAACCUAUACUGUGUCUGGAAGCGACUCAGGCUCCAGUAUGCCAUCCAGCAUAAGCUAUCCUUCCUCUGGAAGUGACUCAGGCUACUUCAGCAUGUCACCCAACAGAACCUACACGGUGUCUGGAAGCGACCUAUCCGCCGAUUCCUUCCGGCGUCCCCAAGGACCCAUUUCGCCUCGUGGUCCUAUUCCUGCUGGUGAUGCCCUUCGUGCACCUCCAGCUCGUGCUCCUCUUCCUUCUCCUCUUCCUCCUGCUGGGCCUUCUGCCUUUCUCUUUCAACCCCAAGGAGCCAGUACGCCUCGUGGUCCUCCUCCUGAUGGACACUGGGGAGGGCCAAUGUACAGAACCUAUACUGUGUCUGGAAGUGACUCAGGCUCCAGUAUGCCAUCCAGCAUAAGCUAUCCUUCCUCUGGAAAUGACUCAGUCUACUUCAGUAUGUCCCCCACUAGAAGCCAUACUGUGUCUGGAAGUGACUCAGUCUACUUCAGUAUGUCUCCCAAUGCAGGAACCCCUGGGCAGGUUCUGUCUGGGUGAUCGCCUUCCCGAGGGCGGUCUCCUGCCAAUCUGGAUAACCAACUCCCCCAGACCACCUUUUGCUCAGUGCUGGAUGGAAUAAAUAUACGCUCAAGCAGAACAUGA